AUGGCAGAUAAUCCUCAAGUAGAUGAUGCGUCGUCUGAGGUGAUCUCGGAAAAUGCACCUCAGCAGAAGGGAGAAACUCUUGAAGAGAUGCUUUCUAGACACAGAAUAGAGAAUAGCGACCUACAGAAGAAGGAAAUGUCGAUGAAGAAGGCGGCAGCCAAAGGGAGCAAAGCCGAACAAAAGGCCAAAAAGAAACUAGUUGACGAUGAGAUACACCAUCUCUCGACAAAUCUCAAACAAAGGCAAGCAGACGAGCUCGCCUCCUUAGGCUACAGCAGCAGCACCAGCGAGAGCCAGAAAGGAAAAAAUCUCGAUAAUCUUGUGAAGGCCAUUGCUGGUGUCUCAAUCACAAACCAGGCCGAACAAUCUAAGCCCAGCAAGAGCCUCAAACGUCGCGAAAAACGGGCCCAAAAAGAGGCAGCCCGUGAACGGAGGAUACAAGAUGAGCAGAGCCAGAUUGUGAGUGACCGUUCGAUCGAGGAUGAGAAACUGGCAAAAAAACUCGGCCCGCUCGGGUUCACCAUCAAUGAUAUAAAGCCCGAUGGGCACUGCCUUUAUCGAGCUGUGGAGGAUCAAUUGGGCCUCCAGUCUGGUGGCCCGUCUCCCUAUACCUACCAUGAGCUUCGUCAGAUGGUGGCUGCGUACAUGAGGGAGCACAAGUUGGAUUUUCUGCCUUUUUUUCUUUCGGAAAAUGCAGAAGAUGAUGAAAGUGAGGAGUCUAUGGCAGAGAGGUUUGAGAAUUAUUGCAAGGAAAUCGAGUCGACUGCGGCGUGGGGUGGGCAGUUGGAAAUUGAGGCUUUGACCCAUUGUCUGAAGAAACAUAUAGUGAUAUAUUCUGGGUCAUUCCCGGAUGUGGAGAUGGGGAAGGAGUAUAAAUGCAGCUCGCCUAGUUCGAGCAUUAUGUUGUCUUACCAUCGGUAUGCGUUUGGGCUUGGGGAGCAUUAUAAUUCUGUUGUCCCCAUUUCUUAG